AUGAUCGCGGCGGCGAAGAGCAUCGUGGCGGGCGACGGGUUCGAAUACGUGCUGCCGAGUCGAGGGGCGACGGAUCAGGUGUACGUGGAGGCGCUCGAUCGAAUCGUGCUGAAGAAUAAGACGACGAAAGCGAAUUUUGCGGCGGUGUCGAGCGUGCGGAAGGUGACGAUUCUGACGCGGGUGAUGCAGUUGGUGCACGGGGUGCUGAGUCGCGGGAUUCACGUCACGAAGCGGGAUUUGUUUUACACCGACGUCAAGUUGUUCAAGGAUCAGAAGGAUUCCGACGCGGUGUUGGACGAUAUUUCGUGCAUGCUCGGAUGCACGCGUAACUCGCUGCACGUCGUGGCGUCGGAAAAGGGCGUCGUCGUCGGACGGUUGCAAUACAAGGAGGACGGCGACGAAAUCGACUGCACGAAGAUGGGAGUGGGCGGUAAGGCGAUUCCGAGCAACAUCGAUAAAGUGAGGGAUAUGCGCACCGACGCCAAGUUCGUACUGCUCGUCGAGAAAGAUGCGGCGUUCAUGCGCCUCGCCGAGGACCGAUUUUACAACAAGUACCCGUGCAUAAUCAUAACCGCCAAAGGACAACCCGACGUCGCGACGCGCUUGUUCUUGAGCAAGGUGAAGAGAGAUUUGAAAAUCCCGGUGUUAGCGCUGGUUGACGCCGAUCCGUACGGGUUGAAAAUCAUCUCAGUGUACAUGCAAGGUUCGAAGAACAUGGCUUUCGAUAGCGGAAACCUCACCACGCCCGAUAUCAAAUGGCUCGGCGUCCGCCCGAGCGAUUUGGACAAGUUCAAAAUCCCCGAACAGUGUCGCCUAGAGAUGACGGCAAAGGAUAUUGAAACGGGGCAUCACAUGCUCAACGAGGAUUUCAUUAAAAGCAACCCGGAGUGGGUGAAGGAAAUCAACAUCAUGCUCGAAACGAAAACCAAGGCGGAAAUUCAGUCGUUGAGUAGCUACGGCUUUCAAUACCUGAGCGAGGUGUACUUGCCUUUGAAGCUGUUAGAAGGGGACUGGAUUUAG